CCCCUGCGCGCCGAGGCCGCCCUGGUGGUUGAAGCCGGAUCGGGGCAGCGGGUGGGCAGGGAGCGAUGGCGUCGUGGGACUCGGUUGAGAUUGUGCAGCGACACUGGGUGCUGGCUGGUUCCCUGGUGGUCUCAGGAAUUGGACUAGUUUUUUUAAGACACUGGUUUUCUGGUGGGGUUUGUAAGAGUAAAGCUCGACUGGAUGGAAAAACAGUGAUCAUUACUGGCGCUAAUGUUGGGAUUGGAAAGGAGACUGCCAAAGACCUUGCUAAGAGAGGGGCUCGUGUGAUAUUAGCUUGCCGUGAUUUGGAAAAAGCCGGACAGGCAGCUAAAGAGAUCAGAAAAGAAAGUGGGAAUGGAAAUGUCGUAGUGCAGAAACUGGAUUUGGCAUCACUUCAGUCCGUGCGUUCCUUUGCAAACAAAAUUACAGAAACGGAAACACGCCUGGACAUUCUCAUUAAUAAUGCAGGUAUCAUGAGGUGCCCAAAGUGGAAGACUGAGGAUGGUUUUGAGAUGCAGUUUGGAGUUAAUCAUUUGGGUCAUUUUCUCCUAACCAACCUGCUGCUGGACCUGCUCAAGAAGUCUGCACCCAGCCGGAUUGUUACUGUAUCCAGUUUAGCCCACAUCCGUGGGAAAAUUAAUUUUGAUGACAUUAAUUUGGACAAUUGUUAUGAUCCUGCUGUUAGUUAUGAGCAGAGCAAGCUGGCCAAUGUACUGUUCACCAGAGAACUUGCAAAGAAAUUAAAAGACACAGGAGUAACUGCCAAUUGUCUCCACCCGGGAGUAAUAAUGACUGAGUUAGUACGUCACAUGUCAAUCUGGUUUAAGAUUCUCCUGGUGCCUGUAUCCUUCCUGACCUUUAAGAGUGUACAGCAGGGAGCUCAAACAAGCAUCUAUUGUGCAGUUUCUGAGGAACUGGACAACGUUAGUGGUCUGUAUUUCAGAUGCAAGAAUUUAUAAUGGAAAUUUGUCACACGACAAGGCGGGAGCAAAUGACCACAAUGUGCUGAAGUAUUUCUCAAUCUGGAUAUGAGAAUGCAAACAGAAUAACAGCAUAGGACUCUGUAAAAUGAGAACUGUAAUACAUCUGUACUUCCUUAUCCAAAAUGUUGCACACCGUCUAGCUCCCCACAAUUGCAUACCAGAUUAGGAAGGUAGCCUCCCGACCAAAGAGUGAGCGCGCUAUUAGUUUUAGCCCCACUCCAGAAGAUACUUCAUUUGAUGUCGGCUGGUACUCCAGUGCUGCGCGAGUGCUGCAUUGAAUUCUGGGCCAACAUAAAUCCCUCGAACGACACAUGACCAUUGGACAGGUGUACGCGCUGUUUUAUGAGACCAUGCUAUGGCAUGUAGCUGUGACUACACCUUGAAAGUUGGUAAAUGCUGUAGUUGUAUAUCCCUCAACCAAAUUUCUUGAAAGCCAACUAUCUGCUGAUUGUCAUGGAGCUCACGAAUGCCCUUCAGGAAAGGAAAUCUGCCAUCCUUGCCUGGUCUGGCCUGCAUGUGACUCCAGACCCACAGCUGCACUGCCCUCACAAUUAGGGACGGGUAACGAAUGUUGGCCUAGCCAGCAACACCCAUGUCUUGUGAAUGAAUAAAAAAAGUUAUUUGUUUGCUAUUUGUGAAACCACAAUUGAUGAAAAUUGGAUACUGAGUUUAUCUACAUUCUAAAGUAAAAACAAUGACUGCAGAUGCUGGAAACCAGAUUCUGGAUUAGUGGUGCUGGAAAAGCACAGCAGUUCAGGUAGCAUCCA